AUGGGUGCUAGUUUAUCCAAAGAAUUUGAUAAAUUAAAAGAUAAAGGUGAAACAGAUUUAGAACUUAUCGAUAAAGGUAUUGAUGAGUUACCAAGCAAUAUAGGUUCGAUUGAAACAUUAAAAAAACUCAAUCUCAGCAAAAACAAUUUAAAGAAACUCCCACCAACCAUCGGUAAUUUAAAAAACCUCACCGUUUUAAAUUUGUUCAAUAACAGCCUUAGAGAAUUACCACAAGAGAUUACCCAAUUAAUAAACUUGGAAUCAAUUAAUCUUAGUGUUAAUAAAUUAAAAGCUUUACCAAGAGGUUUUGGUUCAUUUAACCAUUUAUUCUUUUUAGAUGUUAGCUAUAAUAGCAUUACAGAAUUAACCUCACAAAUUGGUUUAAUUACAACAUUAAAAGAAUUACAUAUCUCAUUUAAUGAAUUGACUGAAUUACCAGCUGAACUAUCAAGAUGUUUAGAAUUAGAAUUAAUCAAUGCUAGUCAUAAUAAAAUCGUUGAAUUACCAAGCGAAUUAUCUAAAUUACCAAAACUUAAGAUCAUCAAUGUAACUGGCAACAAAUUAAAAUUCAUUCCACCAGAAUACGGCAACUUACCAAAAGUUGAAAAGAUUGAUUUCUCAAAGAAUUCAGAUAUCAAUAAAACUUUAGAUAGCAAUGCCAUUAGAGGUCCAGAAGUAUUAAUUAAAUAUAUUCAAACUGAUGAAUACAAGUCAAUUUAUUACAGCGAAACUAAAAAGCCAAGACCAGCCGAUGACGCUCCAUCCACUACCACAACCACCACAACCACAACUGCAACUACACCAGAACCAGAAGAUGAUGAUAAAAAAGUACCAUACCAUUAA